AUGGCGCGCCGCGGCCCUCACCCUCACGCCCGCCCUGCCUCGCACCGCCCUGCCCCGCGCCCCCCAGCCCGCCGCCCCCACGCCCGCGGGGCGCCCCUGCUGCUGUGCGGACCCUGGCACGGGUGGGGGACCCUUCGCCUGGCCAGUGCGCCACAAUUACCUGCCAACAAGCCCCCCAGCAGCCCUGCUCCUCACCAGAACGAGCCACCCACCCACCCAGCACCCCCAGCAGCCCCUCUCCCUCCCCAGAACAAGCGCCCCCCCCCAUCCAGUACCCCCAGCAGCCCCUCUCCCUCCCCAGAACAAGCCACCCCCACCCCCACCCAGCCCCCCCAGCAGCCCCGCUCCCUCCCCCACGCGGCUGCUCGACGGGAGUGUGUGUGUGGGGGGGGGGGGGACGACCAGCAACAAAACAGUCCCACCUAA